UGAGGUCAUAUGUGAACACUGGUAACUUCUGUCUCUCAGUCUGUCUGUUUGUCCAUCAGCCGAUCAUGCUUCGACUACUGAACUGUCUGCUUCUAGCCACUGCUAUGCUGCUCUGCAACACCGCCCCCACGGAAAAACAUGGGGGCUCAGAUACAAAGUGUCCUCUGAUGGUGAAAAUCCUGGAUGCAGUAAAAGGGACUCCAGCUGGAUCCGUGCCCCUCAAGGUGUCUCAGAAGGCUGCUGAUGGGGCAUGGAUGCAGAUUGCUAAUGGAGCGACAGAUAGCACCGGCGAGAUCCAUAAUCUGAUCACAGAGGAGCAGUUCCCAGCAGGGGUGUAUAGUGUUGAGUUCGAUACCAAAGCUUACUGGAAGAAUGAAGGGAGCAUGCCAUUCCAUGAAGUAGCUGAUGUGGUGUUCGAGGCCCAUGCUGAAGGUCAUCGUCACUAUACCCUUGCCUUACUCCUUAGCCCGUACUCCUACACCACCACAGCUGUGGUCACGGAUGCACACCAGUGAGACACAUCAACACCAUGGAUAUUUAUAGUCUGGUUGAGGUGUCAGGAGAGUGAGCUGCAUUAGACAGGAGAUUGUUUUUUUCCUCUUGUCAGUACAUCUUGUGUGCUGAUCCAAACCAACACUUUAUGUCUCCUACUAACAAAUAUUGUGUGUAUCAGAGCCUGAUAUAUCUUACUCCUCUCUGCCAUAGAGGUCCAUUGUUGUCCAAAAACCAUUAAAAAAAACAUCAAUGAGCAACUCUGUUGCAGUGGGUGACAUGCUCCUUCAUUACCAUGAAUACAAACACUGUACAUUAUUCUGACUCAGUCCCCCACACACCACCCCACUGCCCAAAAUACACACUAAAGCAGGAAAGGUGGAUUCAUCCACCACUGAAAAUAGUCCCCAACAAAUGUGCUCCAGUUUGAAAUAGUUUAGUUAAAAACUACAGUGCACAGCUGUUUGAGGAAAUUACUGAGCCUUCUUAAAAAUGAAAUUAUGUAUUUGUGAGG